CAAGCAGGAUCACAGGUCUCCAGCCAGCCCGCUGAUGGAAGGUCUUUUCUUUUUGCUGACGCUCUGAGUUUUGUAAUUGACUUUCUGAUCGCAUAUAUCCGUGGGUUCCAGUGCUGUUGCGUUCGCACCGAGCGAUUAGGCACGCUUUCAAUAACCGAGAGAGCCCCGGCAUUUACCAUUCUUGAGGCAGGUCAUGAUCGGACCUCUUUGUGGAUUCGCCUGCCAAACCCACUUGCAAUAUUGCCCGAUUCUGAACGGUUAGCAGGAUUGACUUAUUUAGCCACAAUCCUGUUGCCACGUUGGCAGUGCCUCGAGCAUCAAGCAUGGACCGGUACAGCAAAGACCCCAUUCUUGGUUGCCAUGUACCUUCGUUCCUGAUACUUUGGUGUCAUUGGUCUUCAGGUCGUUGCGAUGACGCCUGAGCGCACAGUAGGGCGACCAUCCAUUGCACCGAUAUCAAAGUCGGCUUCCGUCGGUCCUCAGAAGUCAUUCCGUCACCAGUGAAGAAGCGUCCUCGAUAUUGACUUCAGCGAGGCCAAGAUAUUCAGCAAUAUCCAUCUCGUACCAAAGAAAGGCUGCGCGUUCCGUCAUGGCUCCAAGGUCCUCCAGUGAUGAGCAAUUCGAUCGGAAGGUCAUGUACUGUGACCGUGAAUAUCAAGAGCACUCCCUGAGACAUGAAAUAUACCUUGUCCCCGUAGACGCCGAAGAGGAGACCCGAUUGAUCGACCAACAUGAAAUGCUCAAGGUGAUCUAUCACGAUUGGAACAACGGUCUGUACCCUGCGUUCAUUGGGGACCCUGAAGCUAUUCUCGAUUGUGGUUUCGGUACUGGGAAUUGGGCUUAUGACAUGGCGGAGUAUGAUCCAGGCUGCUGGGUUACCGCAGUCGACAUUUCCCCGAUUCUAGCGCCAUCCGACCAAUUAGAAAACAUGGACCUACAGAUCGCCGACCUCAAUGACCGUCUCGAUUUUGCAGAGCCGGAGACAUUCGAUAUGAUCCAUUCCCGUUUUGUCGCCAGUGGCAUCUCGGCAGCUCGAUGGCCGAACUAUUUUCGAGAUAUGCAUCGUCUUUUGAAAAGAGGUGGCUGGGUUCAGAUAACGGAAUGGGACUUGUCUUUCCGUUCGGACUCCGCAGACAGCGACGCCUUACAAGCCCUCCAAGAAUGGUCGAGACUGUAUGCGGAAUCCUUGAGUGUGACCACUCGUCCAGAAGGUAGAAAGCGAGCCAGAGUUGUACAAGAUUGUGAAUCUUGGAUGCGAAUGGCGGGAUUCGUCAACGUCAGCACAGAUGUUCGAGACAUACCGACGUGUCCAUGGCCCACAGAUCCUCAUAAACGAAGCAUCGGGGAAGCCAACUUGUCCAACAUGAAAGGCCUCAUAUACGCACUUUCACUGUAUCCUGUGACGCAUCCACAGGUUCGUGGGAUCGAAGAUUUACAUACCCUAAUUGAGGCAGCAUAUGCUGAACUCAGUAACCGGGAGGCUAAGCCAUAUAUUAGACUGUGCAGUCAGACCCCUGGUAUUGUCGUUCUUGCUAACAUUUGUUCACAGUCACACGACGUUUGGAAUGAAACGCUAAAGAGCUCGGACUUUAUAGGGCGAAAAAGUCGAAAGCAGGUGUGAGAGGUAGUUGUCUGAAGUCCAUGUUGUCGUGAUGGCAUUAGAGUUGCCGAUGGAAACUCUGGCCACUGCGUCGAACGGCCGCGGCUGCAGGAAUCACCGGUCCUCGGUCCUCUACCAACAAAUGCAUCGGGAAACGUGAUCCGAUCCUGCCAGCAAAAGAGGAUUUACUCAGCGCUCCAAAAGCUAAACUGUGCCUGGGACCGGAGCAAAAUCACUGUACGACGUGAUCGCAGAGUCCAGUGAGCACCAAGUUCGAAGCCAGAAUGACCUCUUUCGUAUGAAGUUGAGCAGGUGGCGUGUACUUCAAGAACAAAUUGUUGCAAUCGAGGGAUCAAUGCCCCAAAGUGAGAGUUAUUUUCUGGGUGACAGCAUCUGCAUCAAAACGGACCGCCCGUUGACAGCGGCAGUGCUACUCUUCUGUAGCCCAGAAAAACCGGCGUAGAUUAGGCCUCUUCAGGCAGCACCUCGACUCUCAUCCGCGAAGGGCAAUCGCUGCUUGAUGUCAGCUCGCGAUGGACAGCCUGGUCCGGGGGGCGGGUCGCAGAGAACCGACCUGAUUCGGAAAAUAUCGCCGUUCCGAAGCAGGGUAGCAGGGUUACCCAUACAACACGAUCCCUGUGAUAUCUGGAUCUGAUUUUGUCUAGCAGGAUCCACAGCGAAGGUUGUCACCGGUCAACCAGUUCACCUACGACGAUCGCCGCCAGGUCCCAAUCCAGCAGCCGACCUUCGUGGCGAGUGACCAGGGCAGGUUAGGGAUGCUACUUUCGCGGGACGAUUGAAUAGCGACGAAUAUGGAUUGGUAUAGCGACGACCCAAUGAGAGCCAACCACGAUAAUGGUAUGUACAGAAGGGCUAGUGAAAGUGACUCGGGGAGCAGCGGCAAUGUGACUUGAUGUACGGGUGAUUGGACCAGAGGUGAGAAGUGCAUGUGUGAUAACGAAUUCGGUACGUCAAGCUGCAUGGCACUUGCUUGAAACAAAACCAACACCUAAUAUGAGGGAGGUUGCAGGAAGCAAAAUGGUUUGAACCAAGUUCCAAGUUCUUAGAUACGUUCCCUCGCGCUUUAUUGUGCUCUUCCUUGCUCUUUCACUCGCACUUUCUGGACUUGUUACAGACACGAUUAUUGAUGAGGGCUUGUGCUGAGGCC